GUCCACUGAUCGUCCAAAUUCUUGUUUGUUUAUUAAAAGAGAAUCCCCAGUUUGAGUCAAUCUAAUUGACAGGCGAUCCUACCGGUGGUCGAUCUUCAGCAUUGACAUCUCAACUGCUUCUGGCCGGGCCCACACAGGGCCGCUCCACCAGCUCAAUCCAUUGUCGCCACCCCGUAGUUUUACCCACAUUCACAGGAUUAAAAUGACUACCGCCGACAGGUUCGGUGCCCAGAGGGUCCGCCGGCUAUCCAGCCUGGACGCUUCUCGGGCCGACCUCUACGGCGGCCCUAACGUGGUCGUUCCGCCCAAGCAUUUGAUGGCCACGAGUGAUUCUCACGAAACAGCCAUGGCAAUGGCAAUGGCCAAACAACAUCUCGAGGACGAAGUUUCUUCUGAUGAUGGGUCGCCCCGCGUUGCGUCCCCAGUCUCGCGAGGACCUCUGACCACCACUGAUGAGUUUGCGCUGGCCUUUGACAUUGAUGGCGUUCUUAUCAGAGGAGGAGAACCCAUCCCCGCGGCGAUUGAGGCAUUGAAGUACAUCAAUGGGGCCAAUCCUUACGGAAUCAAGAUACCGUAUAUCUUCGUUACAAAUGGUGGAGGCAAGACAGAGGAGGAACGAUGCUUGGAUCUCAGCCGUCAACUCGAAUUGGAGGUCUCCCCAGGCCAGUUCAUCUGCGGUCACACCCCCAUGCGGGAAAUGGCUGAGCGGUACAAUACCGUCCUUGUCGUUGGUGGUGUAGGCGAGAAGUGUCGCAUUGUAGCCGAAUCUUAUGGUUUCAAGGAUGUCAUCACUCCUGGAGAUAUCAUCAAGACGAGACACGAUACCACCCCGUUCCGGAGCUUGACGGAUGAAGAGUACAAAAACUCUCGUGUCAGAGAUUUCAGUCAGACUAAUAUCGACGCCAUCUUUGUAUUUGCCGACAGUCGAGACUGGGCCGGUGAUCAGCAGAUCAUACUGGAUGUUCUCAUGUCGAAAAAUGGACGCCUCGGAACACGCUCCGAGACGUUCGACGAGGGCCCACCCGUGUUCUUUUCCCACAACGAUGUUGUGUGGUCCACCUCUCACGAACACUCCCGCAUUGGCAUGGGUGCCCUCCGGGCUUCUCUUGAGGCCCUUUAUAAGGCCGUCACUGGCACUGAUUUACACACAAUUGCCUUUGGAAAACCUCAGCUGGGCACAUACGAGUUCGCUACCCGACUCCUUCGCCAAUGGCGUAAGGAUACUCACGGUAUUAACAGCCCUCCGAAAACCGUCUACUUUGUCGGCGACACUCCGGAGUCAGACAUCCGCGGCACUAACGAGUUCGAUAAAAUAAGUGAUACCCACUGGUACUCAAUCCUGGUUAAAACCGGUGUCUACCAGGAGGGUACGAUACCCCGCUACCCGCCCAAGAAAGUCACCGAAAAUGUGCUGGGAGCUGUCAAGUUUGCCUUAGAGAGAGAGCUCACUAAGCAGUCUAACGAGUCCGCCAUCGCAGAUGAUAUCGACUCCGGCAUUGAUUCGGAGUCUGCUCUUAACUAUUGAUUGCCUUUCGUCCGGCGUUUCUCAUAUUUCCCAUUUCCCAUUUCCUUAACAUUUACAUGAUAUCCUAUAGCCUCCAUGUACUUCUCAUCGUUUGUGCAGUGCACAGAUUAUUAUAAAUCCAUGAUGGCUUUUUAUGAUUCCCUGGCAUGCCACUUUUGUUUCCGGCUUUCGGGUACCUCCACACCAUUGCAUUUUGUCUACUUCCCCAUCUAGUUCCUUGCCAGCACGCAAGGUCCCAUCACCGGAAUCAUGAUAGAUGCCGUUUAGGCCGCUUUGGUUCUGGGAUGAAUGCUUUUAAGUUCACAGUGCCACGAAAGCCAUCUUGGGCAUAUAUCUUCGCGGGUCAUUAUAUAGACUUUGCCAUUAUAUCAUCGAGUUAUGAACAAGAA